GGGGAGCUUGGCCCCCGCAGCCAGGAGGAGCCCUGCGAGGAGGCCGCCCUGCACUACGAGGAGCGCAUCUCCGCCCUGCUGGUGACCAUCGUCCGGCUGCAGGGGAAGGUGGAGCGGCUGCAGCAGGACAGGGCCAGGCCCCCUUCCCUGGCCUCCCUCCUCCCUCUCACCCGGGAACUGGGGACCCAGCAGGAAAAAGGAGGAGGAAGAGGAGGAGGGGGAGGGGGAUGGGAUCUUCUUCUCCGAUUUGGACUCCGAGGCCACUGCCAGCCUCCCCCGAUGCCCGUCCCUCUUGGCCAAGCGCCCCAGGAUCCCCCCUGCCCGGCCUCCAGCCGCUCCAGGAGAAGGGAAGGCCGACCUGUUCCUGGACGUCCACAAGGCCCUCACCUCCCUGGAGAACGUCCUCCUGUCCCACCGGAAGCCCCUCCCCAGCCCGGGAGCCCAGCGGCAGGGAUGCACCCAGCUGGCCCAGGGCCUGGAAGCCAGGCGGGUGCUGGCGCUCCAGAGGGACGUCUUGGGGUGCCCCCCCCAGGAGGCCGAGGGCCCCCCCUGCGAGAGGAUGGCCGCCCUCCUCAAGGAGAGGAACGCCGCCCUCCGAGCCCAGCUGGAGGCCCGGCAGGAGCUCCUCAGCCGCUCCCAGGCCGCCCUGGCAGCCCAGCAGCAGCAGCGGGACAGCCUGCAGGUCAAGGUGCAGGAGCUGCAGGAGAUCCUGUCCAGGGCAGAGACCGGCUUUGGUGGAGCCCCCAGACCCCCCUGGGAAGGAGCCCAGGUGACCCCCAAUCAGGGGCUACGCAGAACGGCCUCCAUCCUCCCUGGGGGGCUACCGGUGCCCAGCCUGCCCCCCUCCUUCCACCCUCAACCCCGGCUGAGCUCCAGAGCAGCCUGGAGCAGCUCCACAGGCGCCUGGAGGAGCUGCGGGGCCUGAACUGGCGCCUCUCGGGGGCCCUGCAGGAGUCCAAGGCGAACGCGGAGCAGCUCAGCCUGCUGCUCGGACAGCAGGAGUCCCAGGAGGCUGGCCUGGCUCUGGCCCUCCGUGGCAGUGAGCGCUGCCUGGAGGCCUACGAGACCCUCUGGGCUCUUACGGACCAGACGCCCAGCGCAGAGAUGGGAGCAGCGGCACCCUGGGCAG